GGUCAUCUCCCUUGCUUCAAAUCUGGCAAGAAAACUAGACAGAUUUAAUGGGCGCCUGUGCACCAGGCACCUCACCAACAACUGGUUCAGAGGGUUUAUGAGGAGAUGGCCAAGGAUCCGGCUCGUGAGGCCAGCUGCACUUUCAAUGUCGAGGGCAAAGUGUUCCCAGGAGGAAGUGGUGGACAGCUACUUCAAGAAGCUGGAAGCUACCCUUAAGAAGUACAGCCUGGAAAUGAGACCAGACUUAAUAUACAACGUCCACGAGAGCGGCUUCAAUGCAGAGCACAAGCCAGUGAAGGUCGUCGGAUGCCGAUCCUUUCGCCAUCAUCCACAAGCCAUCACAUCCCCAAGGUCGGCAUUAACCACCCUCAUCGCUUGUGGCAACGCAGCAGGCGACAGCUUACCACCUUUCCUCAUAUUCAAGGGUAAGCGUGUCAACAGCGACCUUAGAAAAGGAGCUCUCCCGGGAACGAAGUUUGAGAUGUCAGAUUCAGGGUGGAGCAACUCCGACAUCUUUCUAACAUACAUGAAGACGCAUUUCCUUCCCUUUGUCGAUGAGCGCAGGAAGGCUGAAGAACACGUCCUGCUCAUUUGCGAUGGACACAAGUCGCACAUCACACCAGACGUAAUCGACUUCGCAAGGGAAAAGAACAUAGUUAUCUUCAUUCUUCCAGCACAUACGAGCCAUUUUCUGCAACCGUUGGAUGUUGGGUUGUUCAGCCCAAUGAAGUCUGCGUACAACGCAGCUUGCAGCAGGUUCAUGCGUGAUCACGUCGGUCUUGUCAUCACGGGAUACAACAUAUGUGAGCUUGUCUGCCAAGCACACAGGAUGGCGAUGACUGUUUCAAACCUGAAAUCAUCAUUUCGUGCAACAGGGAUCAUUCCUUUCAGUCCACAAGUAACAAAGAAGGACAUAUGUUCUUGUUCUGAUCUUGUGACCUCAACAAAGAACAACAACAAUGCAGCAUCUGAUGCCAGAAAUGCAACCACAGCCGAGUACCUCCGAGAAACCUCAGUCAAACAACCAGAAAAGAAGUUACAAGUAUCAACCAUCUGGAGUGGCUGUAACGGAGACUUCGGAGUACUUGAAGGUCCUGGCUGCAAACAAGCAACUUCAGACAUCUUUGACACCAAUUAGGCCAACUCCACCUAUUCCAGUCGAUGAGCAUGAUAGCAACGCAGAGUGUCAACCAGGUCCAUCUGGGAUCAAGAAAAAGCUGGAAUUCACCAAGAAGCCUAGUGACGACUCAGACUCAGAUGCCUCGGAAGGUGACAAAGACACUUGUUGUGUGUGUAAUCAAAGAGUCCCUCCAUCAAUUAAUAGGAAGACAAUCUACAUCGUCUCUUGGGCCCAGUGUGACAGGUGCACGCACUGGGUGCACUUAUCCCGUUGUGUCAGCACUGCAUACGUUGCAAGAAGCGAUGAUUUCUUCUGCCCCUGCUGCAUGUAGCCAACUCAUUUGUAUAGCCGGGAGACAAGUUUAUUUAUUUUUGUCUGCAUAUAUAUAUGUUGAAAAAAGAAGAAAAAAAAGACGAAAAAGAAAAAAAAUGUAACUGGAAUUGUUUUCCAGUAAAGUGAAUAAAACCCACAAAUGAAUCGUCUUGAAAAAAAAUUGUGCGACUCUUUUAUUAUACAGUGUUGUCCGAUGUUGUUUUGAUUUGAAUGAUAUAUAUACUACUGCGAAAAUGACUGUGUGGAGUUGUUUGAAAAGAAAUCAUGGCUACCAACGAAAGGGAAAGUGUGGAAGGAUGACUAUAAGUUGGAUAUGAGAGUAUGGAAUGAUGAAGGCUUGAAUAGGUGACUAACUGCAUAAUUAUAAGAAUGAUUGACAUAAACAUUAAUAACAGAAAGAGUGCAUGAAAGAGAAAAAUAUUAUCAUGAAUGGCUAAGAUUUAAAGAAAGCCAAAAAGGAAAAUUUAAAUGAAUGAUCCUGCAUAAAGAAAAUAUGAUGUACCAUUACUUGAAAAUAUUAUGCACAUGAAAAUAUUAUUCAUACAAUGACAAUUAUUGCAUGAAAAUAAAAAAAAAUCCCUCAUAAAGUUUUAUUAUAAAAUAAAUGAAACAUAUCGAAGAAUAUAGGCUAUCAUUUUUAUUCACAUAAUCAUUUAGAAUCUGAAUAAAAAACAAUGGGUUAUAUAUUCAUUCAAAGAAAAUAAAUUCAGGAAUAUUUUCAUGUUCCAUUUCAUGAAAUGUACCCAGCCCCUCCUACCCCCCCUCACCGGAGCCCAUGUUGAGAGCCUCUAAAAAAUCAGAUAUAUAGCAAGCCUCUACAGAGGGCCCACGUGCUAUAACACGGGGAUCUGGAGCGGUGCGAUAAAAAUGAAAGUAAUCCGGAGAGAUGAUUUUGAAGUUUAAAUAAAACAAGUUUGCAAGUACAUAUUGCGGAGAUAUUCACAAGGUAUGUUCUAAACAAUAUGAGUAUGUGAAUAACUUUGAAAUUGGCGAUUCUUUCUGCUUAUUUUUUGUGUAAACUGACUUCAAAUGCAACUUUCGUUAAGUGUCCGGACACCCAACCCCCCAUCCUACAAAGAUGAGACCCAAAAUCCGAAGUCCCUUACUCUGUACAGUAAAAUCUUCAAUAUAGAGUUCAACCUUGGCUUCCAUCAUCCCAAAAAGGAUGAAUGUAAAAAGUGCGUUGAGUACAGUAACUCAACAGCACAAACAAAAGAGAGUCUCAAGGAAGAACAUGAAACCCAUCUCAACGAUAAGAAAAUGCCAAGGGAAGAAAAAAACAUUGACAAACAAAAAGAACUGAUCAAAGGAUGAAUCAUUCCACUCCUAUACCUUUGAUUUGCAGCGAGUUCUACCUAGCCCCAAAACAAAUGACUCACUGGUGUUUUACAAGAGACAACUCUCUGUGUACAAUCUUUGCUUGUACAACCAAGGCAAUGGAGAUGGUCACUGCUACAUCUGGAGCGAGGUAGAAGGGGGAAGAGGUUCUGUAGAGAUAGGAACAUGCCUGCUCUGCCACCUUCAACAUCUCAGGGCUGUUGAUCAUGUUACUCUUUACAGUGAUGGAUGCGGUGGACAGAACCGAAAUCGGUUUGUGGUAGCAGCAUUGCUCUAUGCUGUAAGGACGACGUGUAUCAAGAUGAUCGAGCACAAAUUUCUGGAGUCGGGGCACACGCAAAUGGAGGUCGACUCCAUGCACAGUGCCAUUGAAUCCGUGCAGAAGAACAUUGCCAUCUUCCACCCUGAUCAAUGGACAGCUGUUGCAGCUUUAGCAAGAUACAGCAGGCCAUAUAAGGUACGGCAACUACAUCAUCAUGAGUUUGUCGACCUGAAGAAGCUGGCUGAAGACAUUCUGCAGAAC